AUGGCCCACCGUACCAUUACCUCCAAGUCGGCCCACUGCUUGGGUCAACGAAGUCCUCUCCAUUUGCGGACGGCAAUAGCUCGCACACGUCCCACUCAAUUGCAGCAAUGCCGAUAUCUGUGGUGGUGGAGUAGCAAGAACAAUAGAGGCUGCUCUUCGGAUGGCUUUGAAGACGACAGAUACCUACGUUUGCAGCGCUUCAUGCGGCACAGAGAUGCCAAAAUAGUUCGUCGGCGUGCAAUGUGGGACAGAGACGAGGUGUCUGAUGCUUGGCCAUGGCAAAGAAGGCGACUCGGCCGUCGUUUUCCGGGCAUCCAGAAUCUAUCAUCCGAUGACGCCCCACAACCUGUAAACGAGAAGCGUUCAGAGCCUGAGCAAGACGAGCUGACCACUUUUCGCAAAGAGUUUAACUCUUUCAAACAAGCCAUUGAUCGUGCCAUUGAGCGCGAUCCAUAUCAGACCCUGUUCGGCCGGCGGCUUUGGAGUCCGCCAUCAGCUAACAACUCAUCAUGGACAUCUUUCUCCUGGGUGUUUGAUCCCAAAGAGACCAAGUCAGUCAACGAGGUGCAAGCAGACUCUUCUCCAAAGUCUACCGCUGCUCCUUCUCGCGUGCCCGAAGCUGAAGUGGCGGCGGCUGAGCCCGAACCCAGUCGCCCUUCACCAGCCGCGGCAGAACCUAUGGAAUAUGACUAUGAUCCAAUCACUAUGAGAAAGGUUCCGAGGGUCGCAUAUCCAUUCACGGCGGCACUUGAAGAGACACCUAAAGUCCUCAAGAAGGCUCCAACGCAGUCCGCAAAGGCUGCGCCCGAGGAGCCCGCCAUCGAGCCACGGCGGACUUCGAUCUUUGAAACGCUUUUCGGAGAGAAUGCCGUUGAUAUACCUGUCAAGACGUAUAGUCCGAAGGUUUAUGGCUAUGGUGAGAUAUCUGCACAAAAGCCAUCGGCUUCGACGCCUAAGCGUAAGCCAGGCUUCGAGAACUCGCGUCAACUCAAGUUCCAGUCACUCAAGGCCACGACUCUUGGCAACACAAUUGACACUACCGCAGAAUACGGUGGUAAAUAUGUACCUCCAGGAGCCGAGAACAUUUCCGAUACAACCGCCGAGCCAAAGCACCCUAGUGAGUUAGUAGCGGUUGAACAGCUCUCGUCCAGCACCACCCCAGAAGCUCAAGCUAACGAUAUUACGACGCAACCCCAACACAAGUCUUCUGAUUCCUCGACUCAAAAUCAGGUGCCGUGGCUUGCAAGAGAGGGCUUCGUCGAAGAGAGCUCGAAGGUAGCUGGUAGCGACCUGCCGGCUUUCAAGAACAAAACUUUGCACGAUGGAACGACCGACAUUCCCAUAAAGGGAUUCAACAAAUUCAAGUCAUCCUCAGAUUGGGACAGGACUGUGCCCACGUCGAGGAUGCAGAAGCUUCAACCUUCUCUCGAUCGAUCGACCCACGCUACCAAGACGGCCUUUAGCAAGUCUCCGAAAGAGGAAGACUGGCAGGGCAGAGUUGCCGCGGCGGAAAAGGCCGAAGACAUCGAUCUUCUCCGUAGUAGUGAUGUGCGAGCGGCCAUGAAAGCCAAGCGCGCCACCAAGCAAGACAUGGAGUCCCGCAGACGUCAAAAGCGUGAGCAGCUUGAGCAAGAUUUUGCCUCCCGGCACAACCUUGAGACGGAGGUCGAUAAACCAAUUCGUCCGCAGCGGCCUGAAGUCAGACAUGUUUGGAAGCACGUGGAAAGUAAUCCUGACGGCAUUGUAGCAAGGACAAUGAAGUCAAUGGGCGCUCUUUACGACAACUUCAGAAACGACGUCCGAGGCAUUACUAAUCUGCAAAAUCCACCUUCUUCUCAGGAAGCAUCACGAGACAGGAGUCUGGCAGUUGAUUCAACACAGAAGCCACUUCCUCCUGCCGCCGUACUACCAAGGCAUUUGAUGAACGCGAGCCAGCCUCAUCCGCUGAGUACAGCAUCGGUCAAAGAAGGAGUCUCUCGCUCCCCUGCGAUUGAGAAAUAUGUGUCCAACUUCGAACCAGCUUACUCUCGACUUGUGUACGAUAUGAAGGCAGUGAGGAGGGAGCUUCACGAUAUCAAGUUACACGUGAAGGAUUUGCGUAUGAAGAGCGAGAAAAGGCCGUGGAAAGAGCUGGAGGCAGAAAGGCUUGCAGAAUACGCGAAAGAGCCUCUUGUUGAGGAGGAUGCAUCGGCCUCAGGACUCGAUGAGCCCGUCUUUACGGAGGCGAAAAAGGUCAACGAAGAGGUCGUCGAGAGUCUCGAUCAGCCAGUGGCAGCUAUCGUCGAGGGGAUCAAACGCGACACCGACCCACGAGGACUUGAUGAACCUGUCACUGCAUAUCCUGCAAUCGUGAAGGACGACGCGAAAAUGGCCGCUGACUUACGUGCUCAGACAGAUCUCCCGCGGACAAUGGAAGAUCCCGUUUUCACCCCUUCCGGGUCGGCUGUCUGGAACGAUGAGCAACCGCCUCCACUGCAGGAGCUCAAGGCUGCCUCUGCCGAAUACACCUCGCCCGUCGUCACGCUUGCUUAUAAUCAUAUGACAGAGGCUGUCGAGCACAUUCCAUCUCAGAGCCUGCCUGAGGCGGCUACACGCGCGAAGAAUCCGUUUACACUCUUAGCCGGCCUCGAUCAAGCAAAAACCACAAGCUUUCUGGAAUACUUCCCAAAGCUACAGGAUGCCGGCUACGAGCUAGUCGACGGUGGCAAAGAUAAAUUGGUAUUCAGCCUCCCAACGGCCAGCGUGACAGCCAGUGCGACGACAAAAAUUGCCGCGCCUACCCCAGCCUUAGAAACAGCUGCGAAAGAAGCAGCGACGGUGCUCAACGAGAUACCAACCGAAGUCGAUCCCCCUGGACCGUCGGCACCGAUUCCACCUCCGACAUCGAUUCGUCAAUCAUCAAGAUUACCAAAAAGCCGGCCGCGUGUCAAGCGUCAGGAAGAGGUCUUCUCGGGCACGACUACAGCACCAGCCGUGCCACUGUCAUCGGCUCCGAAGCGGUCAUCUCCAUCACCAAUACCACCAACGUCUGAUGCAUCAUAUGACUAUGCCACGCCAGCAUCCAAGGACGGUUUCUUCAGCCGUGUGGCACGCGGCAUUAGGACUGUGACACUAACUGUGCUGGCCCUGGCUGGUGGAGCUUACAUGAUAGGGUUCAUUGCAGAAGGGAUCGGAGCUCAAGCGCAAGCUCAGAGGGGUAUAAACCAGGGCGGUAAUGAGGUUGGUCCACGAAAGAAGAUGGUCCUGCCAGUCGAGGAGGGAGAGGGAUGGAAGCGGGGAACACGACCAGGGAUUUACAGUACGGAAAGUUCAAGGAGGGAGUAG